AUGACCACAACAAACACCACACCCCUCCACAUCGCAAUGGCCUGCGACGAGGCCGGCUGGGAUUACAAAGAAGCCAUCAAAAAAAUCCUCAAAGAUAACCCCCUUGUGUCCGAAAUCACCGACGUGGGCGUGGACAGUUCCGCCGACAAAACCGCCUACCCACACCCCGCCGUGCAAGCAUCCCUAUUAGUCCGAAACGGCCAAGCCGACCGGGCGCUUCUGAUCUGCGGCACCGGAAUGGGCGUCUCGAUCUCCGCGAACAAAGUCCCAGGGAUUCGAGCCGUGACGGCGCACGACUCAUUCAGCGUCGAGAGGGCCGUUUUAAGCAAUAAUGCGCAGGUGCUGUGCUUCGGACAGAGGGUUAUUGGCGUGGAGUUGGCGAAGAAGCUGGCGACCGAGUGGUUGACGUAUACGUUUGACGAGGGGAGUGGGAGCGCGAAAAAGAUCGAGGCGAUUAGUGAGUAUGAGAGGAGGUUUGCGCGGGGGAUACAAGGAUUGAGCGAGGAGAUUGUGAUUGAUUAG